CUCUCAUGCGCGCUCUCUCUCUCUCUCAAAUACAUAAAUAAAAAUCUUUUAAAAACUUUUUUUUUAAAGAAGUUAAAGUUGAGGAGCACAGGAAUAAACGAAACGAAUAAGUAAUGGGGAAUUUUUCUUACCAAGUGGGAGGCAGCCUCUUACCCUAUAGUACUUUCACGGGAGAGGUUUGGACUCAGAGACAUCACAGUAAAAUUAAAAAUAACAAUAUAAAAUAAUCAAUAGGCUUUCUCCAACCGAAUGUCCUUUUGUUCUACAAAUAUCUACUGAACCUCAAGGCGAAGAAUGUGAGUUCUAGAGUCUAUGAAUCUGGGUUCAUUUCUGACCGCCACGAACCAGCUGAUUAAAACAAAACAAAAACAAAAACAAAACCCUCUGUCGGAUUUGACCAAAAAGAGUUGAGCUAGAGCUCUUGUGGAGAUGGAUGAAAACCUACACAGUCUAAAAAAAAAAAAGAAAGAAAACCUACACAGUGUAAAGCCUAGCGCCCCGCACAGAGUGAACGCUCCAUCUAAGCGGCAAGAAUGAGUGGCUCUGAGUAAUUUCAUUAUCAAAAGAGGAAAGGGGCAAGGGACGGCAGUAAAUUACCCCCAAUCUUCUAGGGUUCAGUGAAAUAAUUAUACCAAGAGCCUCCCUCGCGGGACUCCAUUCAAACAGCGGAGGAGCUCACCUCCCUUCCCUGUCCGAGGACCCUAAGAGAAAUACAAGUCCCAGAAGGCCAUGCGCGGAAGAGCCCCCACAACGAGAAGCCAGCGGCCCCAGGGGAUGCUGGGAGCUGUAGUCCUGGACUCGGGCUGGUCGGCCAGCCUGGCUGGGCUCCACGAGCGGAUACCGUCUCACCUGGAAAUUGCCCACCACCGAGGUGCCCAAGGCACACAGGAGCCCCGUCCACAGGAUCAGCUGGUUAAACCAUUUUCCGACUCCCCAGUCCCGGAGCUGGUGGUGAGGAACCCGCCCUAAGGGUCCAGCUGCAUCAGAAGGUGGCCUCCAGGCUCUGAGCCCCUCAGGCUCUGAGGCCCACACCCACAUUGGCUCCCAGGGCAGAAACAAUGGCCCCAGCAACUAGGACUUCAGGCUGUCAGCUUCCUCGAGGGUACAGAUGAGAAAGUGAAGGUGCUGACAGACAGACAUGGGACAUUCCUUGAGGCCAGAGCCAGCAAUCAGCGGAGGCCCCGAUCCCACCCCUGCCUACAGUGGCUUCCCAGGCUGGAAGGCAGCCGCCCUUGGACCCGAAAAUUAGAAUACAGGAAACUGCUUCUGGUUCGUGGUGAGGACCGUUUUUCCCAGAGACGGGAAGCUGCCCAUGCACUGGAUCUCCAUUUUCUCACCUACCAAAGCAAGGAUCAGAAUGGUGCCCCUGCCACACGCUUGUGAGGGUACAGGAGGGAGUCCAUGGGAGUAUGAACAUCGUCGGGUCGUCCGAGUCACGAUGAGACUGGAGACUGAAAGGCUUGCCAAAUCCUGGGCAGCUCAGACGUGGGAGUCCCGGGGCGCUGCCCCUGCCCCUCCAUUGCGCCUUCCACUCUGGGCCAGAGGCAGCAUGGUCCGUGGGGCACCAUGGGACCUGACAGAGUGACAGCCAGAGAGCUGUGUGAGAAUGACGACCUUGCCACCAGCCUUGUCCUGGACCCCUACCUCGGCUUCCGCACCCAUAAGAUGAACGUCAGCCCCGUGCCCCCCCUGCGGCGACAGCACCACCUGCGCUCAGCGCUGGAGGCCUUCCUGAGGCAGCGGGACCUGGAGGCUGCGUACCGGGCCCUGACGCUGGGAGGCUGGAUGGCCCACUACUUCCAGAGCCGGGGCCCGCGGCAGGAGGCUGCCCUCAAGACCCACAUCUAUCGCUACCUCCGAGCCUUCCUGCCUGAAAGCGGCUUUACCAUCCUACCCUGUACACGCUACUCCAUGGAGACAAAUGGAGCCAAGAUUGUGUCUACCAGAGCUUGGAAGAAGAACGAGAAGCUGGAACUGCUGGUGGGCUGCAUCGCAGAGCUGCGGGAGGCCGACGAGGGGCUGCUGAGGGCCGGGGAGAACGACUUCAGCAUCAUGUACUCCACCCGAAAACGCAGCGCGCAGCUGUGGCUGGGCCCCGCAGCCUUCAUAAACCAUGACUGCAAACCCAACUGCAAGUUUGUGCCCGCAGAUGGGAACGCGGCCUGCGUGAAGGUGCUCCGGGACAUUGAGCCAGGGGACGAGGUGACCUGCUUCUACGGGGAGGGCUUCUUUGGUGAGAAGAAUGAGCACUGUGAAUGCUACACGUGUGAGAGGAAAGGCGAAGGAGCCUUCCGCCUGCAGCCCCGGGCACCCCUGCCCCCUCGGCCUCUGGACAAGUAUGAGCUCCGGGAGACGAAGCGGAGGCUGCAGCAGGGCCUGGAUGGCAGUGGCCGGCAGGGUCCAGUGGGCCCAAGGGCCUGUGCCCACCUCUCCCCGCUGCGCCGGGACCCGUUCUGUGCCGCCUGCCAGCCCAGGCGCCCCCUGCCCUGCAGUGCCCGCCUUGACGCCUCGCCCCUCUGGCUCCAGUGGCUGCCUCAGCCCCAGCUCCGGGUGCGCCCCCGCAGGCGCCGGCGCCCUCAGCCCCGGCGGGCCCCAGCGCCCCCCAUUCUCCGCACCGCCCGCGUCUCCUUGCACCAGUGGGGAGGCUGUGGUCCCCACUGCUGCCUGCGUGCAGAGGCCCUGGUGGCCCUGGGCCCGGCCCCCCGCGCCCACUGGGCUCCUCAGCAGGACUGGCACUGGGCCCGGCGCUACGGGCUGCCUUACGUGGUGCGUGUGGACCUGAGCCGCGUGGCGCCGGCCCCGCCCGCUGCCCCUGCGCCUGCCGGGACCCCAGGCCCUGCCCCCAUCCCCAAGCAGGCCCUUGCCUUCGCCCCCUUCUCCCCACCCAAGCGCCUGAGGCUGGUGGUCAGCCACGGCUCCAUUGACCUGGAUGUCAACGGUGACGGGCCGUGAUGGGCUAGACAGGGAGGCCCCAGGCCAGGAGAGGAAGGAGUCCCUCCUCGUCCCCCUUCCCCCCGAGCCCCAAGUUCUCGGGGACUCACUGACCUCUAGAAGGAGCCGCUGGACCUCUGGGAGGGAGCUGGCCCUUGGCCCCAGCACAGUUCUGCCCGGGACUGGGUUGGUUUGGAGACACCCAGGGAUCUGACCCCUGACCCUUUGUGACUGCUGACCCCUGAGCCACCCCCACCCCAGCAGGGUGCCCUGGCCACUGCUGCCCUCCCACCCCAACUCCAGCCUCAGGACUGUGGGAGCCAUUCCCUUCCCUACCCACCUCCUGCCCAGGGAGCAAAGCCAUAAGGGGUGGGGGCCACCCCAUGGCAUCUCCCCAGAAGCCCAGGCCUCAGGAGGAGGCCGAACUGACUUGGGGGUGGCACUGCCUAGAGACUGCGCUACGGAGGGGAGUGGGCUUGCUCCCAGCUCUGCGACUGUCCGAGGUGGGGGGCAGGCUGGGGAAGUGUCUGGGACACGUCCUCACCAGCCCGUGGGUCUCAGGGAGGCCGGAUGCGACCUCAUCUUUCUCAUGGUGCUAUCCCUGGUGCUACUGGGGUGUGGGGGUCCCUCCCCUCCCCCACACCAGAAUGGGGUAUGUUGGGGGAUUGGAAGCACUUGAACUUUUUAUUUUAUUAAAACCUUGUUAU